AUGGCCGAAGGAGUAUCAUCGGGGUCGGCCGGCCCUCCAACGCCAUCCCAAGCUCCUGACCCGGCCCAGGCAACACAGCAAACCGCAUCACUCGAUCAGAUACAGAGUAUGUUGGAGGCCAAGGAUGAUACCUCGAGGUUCGUUGGAUUAGCACUUCUGAAAAGUCUACUCGACAACUCGGAAGAACUGCGUAAUGACUCCGAGACCGUCUUGGGCCUCUGGGAGUCCAUCUCCCCCAAGUUCCUGGAUCGGCUGGUGAGGACAGGAAUCUCGGCCCAGGCAACCCAAAAGGACGCGAAGAACAUGAUGGACCUCGCCGUGUCAGUGAUUCAUACCUUCACUUUACUUCUGCCCGAUCAAUCAAGGAGAGACAAGAGACUCGUCGGGAGACUGCCUCUUCUGGUCUCCAGCUUGCUGCAGAGCUCAGAAGAGACUUCCAAACUUAUCACACAAACGAUCCACACCCUCGUCACCUUUCCAGAGGGCGCCAAGGCCUUCUCCGAGGUUGACGAUGUCAGUCCCUUGGUUGAGAUAACGCCAAACAACCCGUUGUCCCUCGAAAUUUUCGCCUUUGCUUGGAUCAAUUGUAUGGACCUGGCAGAGGACAGAACGGGUUUGAAGACGAAAAUAGAUGGGACAAUCCAGGCACUUGUUUCAGCCUUCCACGGCACCGACGGCGUCACUUUCCUUGAGUUCCUCGGAAAAUUUCUUCGGAAUUCAGACCCCAAGGCCCUCCCUGCAAGUCCGAAGUGGAUCAAAUCAGUCGUAGACUUCAUCAAAAAGCUUCUCGCCAGCAGGCCUACGCCAGAAGCCAGGAACGCCUACACCAUCGCCGCUGCAUCUUUGCUUGAGGUGUAUCCUACCGAAGCCUCGAAGCUUCUUUUCACCAGUGAUGUGAAAGAAGAUAAGCCGUUUUCUUACCUUUUCAUCACCCUCCUCCUCACCGAUACAAGAGCCACUCUGCCACGACUUCUUGAGCUCCUCAAUGAUUCCAUUUAUCCAGCCAUUGCACAGCGGUUGGGGUCAGCGUUUGAUGUCACUACUCAUUUCAUUGGAUAUCUCGUGAGGAGUCUCGACGAUGAGAUGUCAUCAUCUUCAAAUCUGAUCAUGCCUCCUGAGUUCCUGCUCAAGAUCCGUCGGACCAUUUCGGAAGCCAUGUCACUCGCCAUCGAGUUCCUACGAGACAGAUGGGACGCGUCCGUGGCAGGAACUUUCGGACUGCACCCGGAUUCGCGUACAAAGGAGACAGACACUUCCAUGGGCAAAAGACUCACCAUCUCCUGGGAGUCGAAGAAGGACACCAUCCACGAAGACCCUCUCAUACUCGCAGCCGUCAGAAGUCUGGCGCUCUGGCUUCGCGAAGAUGACAACGAGCUCCUGAGGAAGGAAGCAGCGGGCUUGACAGAUAUGUUUAUCGAUCUUUACAACGCAAGCUCACCCGCAGGACUCGACUUCCGCUCCCCGGUCCUAGUUGGUCUGGAGGGCAUCCUUACUGAAAAGGCAGGCCUGGAAGAGUUUUCCACGCACAACGGCUGGGAGGCUCUGACCAAGGACCUCCUGGGUAUCCACCAGCACACAUCGACGGCCAGUGACGAGAACGAGGCCGCGCGCGCCGUCCAGAUUGUCCGUAUUUUGCUACCCAUUGUCGAGAGCGAGGUCACGGGCUCAAGGGAGGAGUGGAUGGCCCUUGUCACCGCCGUGGCCGCUUGGGAGGCGCCUGAGGCCGAGCAACCACUCCUCGUCCAGGAGGCGCAGGUUGCGGUCCUGCAGCUCUCGACUGCCCUGCUUGUCGGGGCGACCGAGGGUAUGAAGAGGCGGUACGUUCACUCCACCAGCGCCAUCCUGGGCAUAGCUGCGCGGCUGGAGGAGCAUGUGGGCGAUGACCAUCCCUUGAGAGAGUCCCUGGUCGAUGUAUUGCAGACCCUAGUGUCAUCUGCUACGGCACCUACUUUGGUGCAACAAUGGCUGUGUGACGGUGCCAUGGCGCUCUGA